UUCUUGUUAAUUCUUCAGGCCUUGUUGCUGUUGGGAGCGGUCUCUUUGAUGUGCCUCGCUCUGGAUCUCCUGUUCCUCCUCUUUUACUCCUUCUGGUUGUGUUGCCACCAUCGGAAGAAUGAAGAACAACUGAAUGCGGAUUGUUGCUGUACGGCAUGGUGCGUCAUCAUUGCAACUCUAGUGUGCAGUGCUGGCAUCGCAGUGGGCUUCUACGGAAACGGAGAGACCAGCGACGGCAUCCAUCGAGUAACGUAUUCCCUGCGGCAUGCCAAUCGCACGGUGGCCGGUGUCCAAGACCGGGUUUAUGACACAGCCAUUGCCCUAAACAAAACGGCGGAGCCCAAUCUAGGCGACCUGGAGGUAAUAUUCAGUAAGCAGACCCAGUAUCUGCACGUGGUUCAGAAGAUCCAGGGGCUUUUGGAUGACCUGGUAAGACAAACCACAGAGAUUCCUUUCUGGAAGAACCACCAGGUGUCAUUGGAAGAGUUGGCCGUUCGUAUCGACCUGUACGACUGGUACAGGUGGUUGGGUUAUCUGGGCCUGCUUAUGUUCCAUGUCGUGAUAUGUUUGCUGGUGCUAUUUGGACUGAUCCGAAACUCCAAGGCCAUUCUCAUUGGUGUGUGUCUUCUCGGGGUGCUGGCCCUCACUGUGAGCUGGGGGUCCCUGGGGCUUGAACUGGCGGUGGCUGUGGGUUCCAGCGACUUUUGCAUUAACCCGAAUGCUUUCGUGUCCAGAACGGUGGAAUCUUACCGAGUGCUGAAUGCAGACACUUUGAACUAUUACCUGGUCUGUAGUGCCGGCUACCCCAAUCCAUUUCAGCAGAAGCUGUCAGGGAGCCACAAAGCUCUGGUCGAAAUGCAGGAUGACGUUCUGGAGCUGUUGAAGUUGGCGGUUAAGGAACAUCCUACCUCUAAGGAGCACCUGAUUCGAAUCCAAGGCGUGCUGAACUCCACGGAGAUCAACCUGCAACAUUUGACCGCUUUGGUUGACUGUCGAAGUCUUCAUUUGGAUUAUGUCCAAGCUCUGACUGGCUUCUGUUAUGACGGUGUAGAAGGACUCAUCUACCUGGUGCUCUUCUCCUUUGUGACGGCCCUGAUGUUCAGCUCCAUUGUGUGUAGCGUCCCACACACCUGGCAGCAGAAGAGGAACACCGAAGAGGAUGGAGAGGAGGAAUCGACGGCCCAAGGGAGCCGGCAAACUCAUGACAACUUGUACCGAGUCCACAUGCCAAGUCUCUACAGCUGUGGGAGCAGUUACGGCAGCGAAACCAGCAUCCCGGCAGCUGCACAUACCGUCAGCAAUGCGCCCGUCACGGAAUACAUGACCCAGAAUGCCAAUUUCCAGAAUCCCCGUUGCGAGAACACCCCUUUGAUCGGCCGCGAAUCCCCUCCUCCUUCUUACACGUCCAGCAUGAGAGCCAAAUACCUCGCCACCAACCAGCCUCGGCCGGAUUCUGGAAGCGUGCACUGAAAACAAGGACACCUGGAAGUGAAAAAAAAUGGAACGAAAUGGGCCAAUGCUGCGAGCCUCUGUUGUCCUCGCAGACCUAUCCUGCUUUUCUCCCCAAGUCCAGGGAUCCAGCUCAGUUGCAUUUCCUGCUGCUUCUUCCCCAGCUUGACCUGGCUCAUGUCCACGUGAAGACACCUCCGUAGAAGCUUGUUGCAGUUCCAGGCUCCGUUCCCUUGCGGUUCUCUCUCUACAGAGAGGGGCAACAUCUCCACAUGCUCAUGUCCACGUGCUGGUCCUCUUGUGUUCCUUCGCUGUACGGGGAAAUACGCUUUUGAUGCCCAUAAAUGGUCAAGUGGACCAUCUCCUCCCUAAGUCUUCUGUCCAACCCAUCAGAAACGAUUGGAUGAACCAGAUGACUUAAAACUGGAUCGUGGGGUGGAAGUGCUCUUGAUGUGGCACACCGAAACAAAAGCCAUCUUGAAUGUCCACUCUGCCAAUGAAGCUCAGAUAUCUCCAAGCUUUGCCUGAAGAUCUCUUGGAGUUGCCAUAGAGGCAUCCUUGGUUCUCCUGCCAGCAUUGGUGGAUCUCCAACUUGGGAUCUUGGCAAGUCCUUGGUUCCUUACCUGUUACAACGUGGUCUACUAAUUUAACCCUUUGUGAUAUCUUGGAUACCUCUACUACAAGUUUACUCCUCUCUUUUACUAUCUGGGUUUAAAGUCCUGGAGAGAAGGGGAAGGUUUCCUGCACCAGCUUAUAUGUGGUUGGAUGUAUGUGCUUGUUUGCACACACAUACAAACACAGCCUUAUAUGAACACACACUUGUGUGUUUGUGCUCUAUCUGCCUUCCUCCUUUAUAUCUGUACUUCCUACUAGCUCUCACCAAACAUCUCUUGAGCUGAUGUGAAGUCAUCAAACUGGAAACUACCACUCUUUCGGUGCCAAAAUAUUCCAGGAAAAUAUUUAAGGAGCAUUGUAGAUUGGAGGGGAGGGCUGUGAAAUAUCAAAUUUUGGGAGAAGGAUUGGACAGGUCAAGGAAAUACCAGUAAAACUGAGCUUCUUCCCAAGGUGUCCUCCUAGGUUAGACUUCUCAAUGUUUAUCAUUUGGGCUCCUUUGGGGAGUUAGGACAGACGAAUCCCUGGAAGUGUUGAUAUUAGAUGGAGAAGGGAGGAUUGUCACUGGUCCUGUAUCCUUAAAUCAGGAAGCAAACAUAAAAUACUGUUAUGGGAAGACACUUUUGAAAUGGAUAGUCUCUCCUCUUAAUUUGAAGGCCAUCUGUGGAUCAGUUGCUUCUUAACUUGUUGACAGUAAAGGUCAACAGCAAAUCGGGAGGAAGAACAAUUGCUGUAGGACAUCUACUGGUGUUCCUGCUAUGUGAGAUGAUUAGAAUAUUGAAUAGUUGCACCCUAUUCUUAUUUAUCUCUUGGGUCUCCUCCUUUUGAAAGCACGGAGAUUUCCUUUUCAAGUUUUGCACAUUUGAGAGGGAGUCUUGCUUGCUUUCGCUCUUGCGAGAUCCACACCCACACAUCCCUCCACCCUAGUUGCUUGCUUGCUUUGAAAACCUAGAAUAUCAGAAGGCUCUGAGGUCCUGAGAUGCAGCUUGCAGCAGAAUGAGUAGAUACUAAAACCACUGUUAGGUCUUUCUUGAGCAUCAGUAAGCCAUUGUUUGUCUGUAAGUGCAGGGAGCCUACUCAGCUUUGCAAUCUUAUCUCUAGAUUCCCAAAAACACAGCUCAGCACUCAGUGGUGUUGGGAGAGGCAUUGGACCUGCUUCCAACCAUGGAGAUAUUUGUACAAAAGUGACACCUCCCCCAAAAAAAAUACAUUCCUUCACAGACCACCUUUUGAAGUGUGCCCUUAAAAACAAAAUUCAGCCCUCUGAAACAUCUGCAGAUAAUCACAGAUCUUCAGAAGAACAUUCUUGGUAGCUUAGUUUGCCGAGAGCAGGAAGACAACCCUGUCCUGCUCAGUCUUCUCCAGGCAGAAGAAAACUUGGGUAUGAUCAUCUUAAGGAAGGGACCAGCAACGUACGUUGUAAUAACCACUAUAGAAACUUGACUUUCUCCUGAGAAGUCGCCAUUGCUUAGAUGGUGAUGGAGCUUCAGCUUGGGGUGUCCUGCACAAAUUGAAGAUGUCCUCUGCCUUUUCCAACCAGCAGAAGACGACCUGGUGGAGAAGACCAAGCAAUCAGAUCAGAGUUUGGUGCAGGGUGAAUCUUCUCCAGGGACUUUGAACUCGGCUCGGCUUUUCAACUAACCGAGAUACAGAAUCAUCUCAAACUAUGGUGCAUGCUUCUAUCUCAAGAGCCAACUGGGUGUGUGUCUACGCACCCAGGCACCCGCCCCAUGUAAAUAUGGAUUGUCGGGGACGCCAAGAGCACGUGCAGUUCUCGUGGGGCAUGUCUGAAUGGCUCUCUUUCAGAAAAUGUGAGUGUUUGCAUGGUCACUUGUUUGCCUUCAAAGAGAAGCAGGGGUCACUUUCCCCGCCUUCUCCUUCGUGCCAAGCAUCCGUGGCAACCAUUUCGACUGCUAAGGGCUGUUCACCGCUGGCUGUCCUCUCUUCCCAAAGCAGCUUGUCCCAAGUUUCCCCCCCCUCCUCCCUCAAUUAUUGGCUGGCAAGAGUGUUGACGUUUGGCUGGCUUGGUGUCUUCAUUAGGGCUUCUGCACCAGCUUCGUUGACAUAGCAGGCAAACCCCACGGAAUAUUUUAAUUUCCUGUUCUCUUAGCUUUCUCUCUCUCUCUUUGGUUUAUUUUUGCAAGUCAAGAACGUCUCAGGACGGCGCGGUAGACUUUUCUGGCCACCAUCCCUGUGGAUUUUUUGGCCUAAGAAAUUCAAGAGACGUUGAGUGGCAGGUCGCUAAGAUCUCUUAGCCAGAACCUGAAGUAGGGGGACCAUAGGCUGGAGUGGAAAAACGGAGCCCUAAAACCCUUCCUCCCUUCCCUUCCUGAGAGCCAUUUGCAAGGGGACUGGGUUUUUCCCGCGACAACCAUCACACGCCCUUUCCUGAAAACAAUCCUAGGGACCAUCUCCAGCUCACCAGGCAUCUCUCCACAAUGUGACCUGUACAUAGCAGCAUGGGGAUGGAAUUUCUCCCGUCCGAUGUUGAAGACUGCAUUGUAAUUGUUUAAAAAAAAAAAAAAUCGAAUCAAGACUUGGAUGUGAAUUUAUUUUUGUGUGUGCUGUCCAAAAAAAAAAAAAAAUGUGUCGUGUUUUGUAUCCUGUAUGUAUAAUAUUAGCUCACUUCGUUUUGAAUUUUCUUUGGCUUCUUAAGAUGAGGAAAGGUUUAAGGUGGGGAGGAAAAAUUGACAUUCCUCCAUGUAGCCAAGACUUGAAGGUUAGAUUCUUCUCAGCUAGCCUCCUUUAAAAAAAAAAAGCAAAUCUGAUGGGUAUGUGUGAAUUAAAUACCUCAGGUGUGGCCAGUUUAACUGGAAGAAAGAGGAACGAGUAGCUUAAACCUGGCCUAAACUUGGAAUAAUUUGACUGAGGGCAAAUUCCUGGAGCAUCGCAGAAACUUUGCGCAAUUCACACGCGUGUGUUAAAUUCAGUUGCUGCUCAGAUCCAGCACACUUGCCGCGUAGAUCUGUUGUGCUUGUCCCAUCUGUGGCCCAUCAAGGACCCAAGACCUAUAUUUUCCACCAAAGCAUGCUGGUGCUUCCCAAGAUCUACCGGGAAGUUGAGUAGUUGGAAAUAUUGAUUGGUGUUUCUCUUAGGGUGCUUAAUGUGUUUGAGAAGAUGCUAAGACAUGUUCUUGUGGUCUCUGUGUUAUCAGCUUGAUCAGAGAGGAAGGUAUAUGUGGGGUGCGCAAGGCCAAGAGAAGGUUGAAUGAUGGGUCUGGUCCAUAGUUCAGUUUUGACUGUGGAUGGAGGCCACUGGGGCAGAAGGAACGUGGCUUUGGGGUACGUCUGCGUUGACGCUCCCUUGACCAACUGUGCCCAUUUCUUCUUUGAAAGACCUAGGACUUUAGUGCAUCAGGCCAUGCCAAAAGCUUCUUGCGGUGAAGGUUCUGGACAUUGUUCAACCAUAUCUGUGCCAAAAAUAAUAAGUCUUUUAAAAGCCAUAGCGAUGAAACAAGGCUGGUGUUGUGCAGCUUUGGUCCUUUAUCCCACCUUUUCCUGAGCUUGUUGUUUAAAAGGAAGUGCUCUAUUGGCUGCCUCCCCCAUCCAUCAAUCUGGCACCUUCCUCCGGGAAGUGUGAAGUUUGAAGUAUCAAACAAGCAGGUCCAGUACAGGCAUCUCUGAUGAGGGACAAUAGAGAAAUGUGGAUCGCAGCUUCCUGCAGCUUGCAAGCUGUUGUCUUCAAGAGUUCUUGGCUUAGACCACGUUGGGUUAAAAAAGCAUUUUCUUCAGGAAAAAAAAAUUGAGCUUUCACCCUUCUGUUUCUGUCCUUCUUCAUCCUGUAACUGAUGGCUAAGUAGGUAGACAAGGACUCAAAAAAAAAAACCACGUAGGUCUCAUUUUUGAGGCAUGUUCCUCAGCGAGGUGCUUCAGACCACGCAUGAUCACCAAGGUUCUUUAAGCGUGAACCUCUCAGACCUGAAGGAAUUGAGAUAGGCCCAGUGUUAGAUCACUAGAUCCUAGGUGUUGUGAGUAUGUCAUGGUGAUGCAUAGCUAGCUUUGAGAUCCUUGGAGCAUUGGUAGGUGGAACCAGCUCUUCCACGUAAUAAGGCAGGUUGUUGACCUGGACUUAUGGUCCCCACUGCUCAGUGGAAGGGCAUAUGCCUUGGAGGCAAGGGAUCCCGUCUUUAUUAUUUCCAAAUGGAGCAGAAAAUGUUACCACCAGCUGUUGGUAAGAGGACUGUGUUAAGAGGACUGAGUGCUUUGGUUCAAUCUAUGGCAGAUUCUCCUGCUUGUAGCUAAUGAGUUCUAGUUGAGAGAGGUGACUCCCUUUGCCACUAAGGAGAGGUGCUAAGAAACUGGUGGGACUUCUCUCCACCAUCAGCUAAGGUGUAGUGGUGGGAGACCACCCAAUCCUUGUCAGUUAGUCCUCAGAUUACCCCUGUAGACCAUGUCCCAACCUCAAGGAGCUUCUGAGAGAGAGAAAAUGGUGCACCUGGGACCAAACAGACACAGCUACACACCGACACACUCAGAGGCCAACCUUAGAAUCUGUUUCAGCAGAGCCAUCUGUACCUUGGACCGCAGUAAGCAGGGACAAACAUUUUCUUACCUUUCAACAACACAACAACAACAACCACAGCCACCAGUGGCAGCUGCUGGACUAGCAUCAGGCUAGUUCUUGGUGCUUUGUGUAUUCAACAACCACACUUUUGUCUCUAUGCAAGGUGGACAUUUCUCCUGUUUUCACUCCUCCCUCUCUGAUAACCCAGAUCCAUCUCUCAGGCUUCCCCAAUCUAGUUGGGGAUUGGACUUGCAUCCCCCUGAAUCAACCCAGUUUCCCAGGGAGGUUGGAUGGGGAUUCUGGGAAUUGUAGUCCCUUGGAACUUCCUGAUUGAUUCCCAGGAGUAUUGAUGUUGUGGUCAAAAACUGGGCCUGUUUAUUCUCUUCCCCUCCCUUCAAACAAUUUUGUGUUGACGUUUCAAUGCAAGGGUUGCCAGUAUUGUGGGUGCAUCUUUCAUGAACCAUGCUUCGCCCCCAAAACAAGCAAGUCCAUUAAAAACCCAGUUACAAAGAAUCCUGGUUUAUUACCAAGGGUGGUAUUCAUCCGGUUUGGACUGGUUCGGGCGAGCCGGUAGUUCCAGCGAUCGCGGUUGAAUCCCACCCAUUUAUUACCCAUCCAACACGCUGCCUAAAUUGGGCAGGUAAUGCCACCUCUUAUGACACAGGGCCAAGCUUCACCUUCUGAAUUUCUGCCUGCCUGUGACUAGGAAAGGCACACGAGCCUCGGUGAAGUUUGGCGCUGUGGUCGGUUGGCAACCAGCAAUUGUAUUCUCUUCUCCUCCAUUCAUUAGAGACGCAAACCUGUUUGUGACUUUCAUUUUGUCCACCUCCCAAUUUUAUUAUUUUUAUUGCUAUUAUUUUGAGAGAUGUGGCAAAUUCUACCAAGUCAAACUCUGAACUGGCAUUUUCAAACCGGGUUUUGCUUCAAACCACAAUGGUUAAUAACAGCAUUCUACUUUUAUGUAUACAUAUAUAAUAUAUGUAUAUGAAAUAUAUAUAUAAAUAUAAUUUUUUUAAGCCUUUAGACGUGACUAGCUUCUUUCAAAGUUCUCCACUGGACCCACCCCUCAAAAAACCCAUUUUUGAAAUUUCACGGGGGUUUAAACGGAGGGGGGG